GCAAAAUCACCCACGGGUUGUAAGUCAGUCAGGUGAUGUUUUUCUCUUCGUCUCAAAACAGAAAUCCCAUUUUGUAGCAAAAGUGCUUGAACUGUUUUCACAUCUUCGCACUUCUUCUCGUACGUAAAAUGGCUCUUCUGUCGGCAAUGAAAGGAAAGCUGAUCUCCGUCAUUGGAGAUGAGGACACAUGCGUCGGAUUCCUGCUUGGCGGAGUUGGUGAGAUCAACAAGAACCGUCACCCCAACUUCAUGGUUGUCGACAAAAAUACUGCCGUCAGCGAGAUUGAGGAUUGCUUCAAGCGCUUCAUCAAGCGCGACGAUAUCGACAUUAUUCUGAUCAAUCAGAACUACGCCGAGCUGAUCCGUCACGUGAUCGAUUCGCACACUGCGCCCACCCCGGCGGUGCUGGAAAUCCCAUCCAAAGACCACCCGUACGAUGCUAGCAAGGAUUCGAUUCUGCGUCGCGCUAAGGGUAUGUUCAAUCCGGAAGAUAUGAUUGCUAACCGCGGUUAGAUGGUCUGUACAAAAGGGGAUCAAGAGAUGGAACGUGCAGUCGGCGGUAACUGCGGCCGGAUUGCGUAUUUUGAACCUCUCCCAUUAACAGCCAUGUAGUAUUAACGCUCCCCCUCCCUCUUCUCGUGUACUAUACGAUCGUGUGUUGUUUGUGUUUCCCACCCAUCGUUAUGUUGUUGGCAUUCCAAGGAUCAAAAGAAUAAAGGAUCAUUUCAGCUGUGUA